AUAUAUAAAUAUUACGCAGAGAUCAAAACCUACGUACAUAGUUGCGCAGCCUUCCAUAUCCUCACCUAUUCAAACGAGCCAAAUCAUGAAUCUCCAAAACCCACUGUCAAUCCUGCCCUCUGAGAUCGCCUUUUUGACCCACUGACCGAGUAAACCGGAUGAAGAAGACUCCAUAGUUGGUACGGGAAUUAUAGAUGGAUGCUUCUGCAUGGCAAGGAAGGAUGAAAAUAGGCAAGUGAUCCGAGUAUCACUUAUGAAAGAAUAUGGAAUACUAGAGUCUUGGGUCACAUCCUUUGCCAUCUCAAUGAUGAGGCGCGUUUACCUGCAACGGCAUAUUCGGACUUGCCAGCCAGGUUGGCAAUCCGGCAAGUCUUCUCCAGCAUUUGACCGUGACCUCAUCAUCAGUUCUUGCUUCUUCAUUCCUUCCUCUCAGAAACAAAACCCGGAGAUGAAGACUGAGGAAAAAUUUGACCGUUGUAAUGGAACUUGCCCGUUGGCAAUCCCGCUCCCUCUAUAUAAACAUAUUACUCAUACCCGUUACCAUUGGAUCUUCAAAUAAAUCCCCAUUCUCGCAGAAACAUAACCCAGAAAUUAAAGACAGAGUCUUCUUGUUCCUGAUUCUGAUGUGGAGCUCGCCCUCGAUCUAUGUGUUCUAAUUCGAUAGUCUUGAAUACCUUAUUCCUUGAUUCAGAAACCUAAUUCAGAAACAAAACCCAGAAACCUAAAUUUCUUUCUUGAAUAACAAUAACCUUCUUCCUUGAUUCUUGAUGCGGGCGGCGCUGCAAAAUUCUGUUUUAGGGAUGGAUGACUAAAACUGGAAGGUCAGAACUGCUUGAGAUGAUCGAGCAAGCAAUAAUGUCAGUGCUGCAAAUUAAAGUUAAGGACGGUGAUGGAUGACUGAAACUGAAAGAUGGAGUUGCUCCGUAGCUUUCUUUCCUGAAUACGUACAAUUCUUCAUGGCAGAAAUUCUUCCUUAGCAAACCUGUGCAUCUGUUUAUUUUCAAAUCAUCACAAAGAGAUUCCUUGGUGAUCGAAGUCGUUCUGUUCUUGUCUAUGUCUCUCCAUAGAGAUUCCAGGAAACAUGCUUGCAUAUUACCAGUACAAUGCUUUAUUUUUGAUGUUUUGAUGAAUGAGUAACUCAAGAACGGAUUUAUCGUUGAAGCAGAUUGAUUAAUCCUUCAGUCGAGACUGGAAAUAUUCACUGUUUUUCAUGUUAUACAUCCAUCUUUUUUCAAUGCUAGCAGCUGUAUCAACAAAAUAAUCGGAAUCGUAUAUACUGAGCUCUCAAUAUUUUAUGAACAGAUGGAACAAAUUAUGCGUGAUGGAAUAAGCUAAGGACCGAUUCCGUUAUUUAUUAAUAAUCCCAAAAUAAUUGUUUUAUUCUUGAAAAGCAUUUCUCUGAAGCUAAUACGUAGUACGUAUUAUAGCAGUGCAUGCAAUGGACUUUAUCAAACAAAACAGUACUUUUCAAAUCAAU